GCCCGAGAGGAACUGGGGGAGGACGGUGGCCCGCGAGGCUCGUCGCAGACAACGCGGCGGCGAUGUCCGCGAGCCACGCGAGUGCCGCGGCGGCAGCGGCGGGGCCUUGCACGCGGCGGGGCGGCCUGGGCUUCGGCCUCCCUCCGGUUCCCUGGAAGCGGGCCCGCGACCAGCGCGGGAGCAGCAGCAGAGGCGGAGGCUCCAACGCGUCUCUCUCCUCCCCUUCAGCCUGAGCCAGGGGAAGCCAGGCGGCCCGGGUGUCUGGAGGGGGGGGGUCUGCUGUCCGAGAAUGGGAAUUCUCUUCACCAGAAUAUGGAGACUGUUCAAUCACCAGGAGCACAAAGUUAUCAUUGUUGGGCUGGAUAAUGCAGGGAAAACUACCAUUCUUUACCAAUUUUCUAUGAAUGAAGUUGUACAUACAUCUCCUACAAUAGGAAGUAAUGUAGAAGAGAUAGUGAUUAAUAAUACACGUUUCCUAAUGUGGGAUAUUGGUGGCCAAGAAUCUCUUCGUUCUUCCUGGAACACUUACUAUACUAACACAGAGGACCCAAGAAAAGCUGGAUUGCUGAUUUUUGCUAAUAAACAAGAUGUUAAAGAAUGCAUGACUGUAGCAGAAAUCUCCCAGUUUUUGAAGCUAACUUCUAUUAAAGAUCACCAGUGGCAUAUCCAGGCAUGCUGUGCUCUAACUGGCGAGGGAUUGUACCAAGGACUUGAAUGAUGUCACGACUUAAGAUUAGAUGAUCUCUACUGACCUCUUCUCAUAGACUUUGUAUAAAUGAAGUGCUGGACUUUACCUGAAAGCUGCAAAAAUUAAUGGUUUAGAUAUAUUUAUAAUAAACUGAUUUAAACUUUUUCUAUAAGAAGAAAAAUUAAGACCACUUAUUUGAAAACAAAGAUGAAGUCUCACCUUCCAAUUUACUUUCUUAUUAGUUUUUUCCAAAGUAAGUUAUUAAAGCUGUGAUUGACAUUUUUCUCAUAAUGAAUCCUCUCAGGACAUUGUGUAGCCUGUGGUAAGUACAAAGGGAGAGGAAGACAUUUUGAAUUUUAAGAGCUUUAUUAUCAGUAUAACCCUCCCUAGUUGAAUGUUGUUUUCUUCUUGUUCCAUUAAGUCAAAGUACAAAUCAGCACAGAUAUUCAGUUUCCAAUAUUUUAAAAUGUAAUGUUACUUAUGAAAAGUAUUUUGCUUAAGGUUGUGUGUGUAUUGUGUAUAUACCUCAAGUUCAAGUUAAUGGCAUUGAUUUAU